CAACAGGCGUUAAGGAAAUUCGUUAUUAAUCACAACAAUAAACUCCUCAUCAAAUCUUCAUCUCUUGGUUAUAGUAAUAAAAUAGCUUGUAAAUAUGCUCUCAGCAAGGAAAAAAGUUUCAGAAAAUCCAGUGGAUGUUCUUGGCAAUAAUCAUACAUAUGGCAAAAAGGUUGUUCCUGAUGUUGAAGGGGCUCUCAAAGUAGUGCUUUCGUGGAAGGAAAAUCAACCUCAUAGAGAUGAAACACCAGAUAGAGAUUUUAAGAAAUUAAAUGUGCUUAGUUUAAAGGAAAAACAAGUGUCUUCCUCUCAAAUUUCGAACUUUAGAAAAAGUCACGAUGCAAGAAUAACCUCCCACAAGAAGGAAAAGAAAGCAGAUCUUCUCCCUUCGGAUGUAGAUCCAAGCUUUGCUUAUGGACAUAGGAAUGUUUUUGACCAAAAAGCUAAAGAUUUGAUGGAACAUCGAUUCGCAGAGGAAUGGGCAAAGAAAAAGGAAGAAACUGAUCGUAGAUUUAAGGAAGACAAAAAGCAAGAAAUGUUAUCAUCUGUAAAUACAAGAGCAAAGUUGGAUAUUAUGAAACGAUCAGAGGAUGCCAAAAUCAAAUUAACCCCCAGAGAGGACGAUAGUUCCAAUCAAUUCAAAAUGACAAAAUUCAAAAAUGUUCCUUCAAAAGUUGAUUGUAAGAGAGAUAGUCAUCCUGGAUAUUCAUUUAACAACAAUGAUACCUCCAAUGGAGCUGAGGAAGCGAGUGCUAAUGCUCAAAAUAUUGUUGAAAUAUCGGAUGUAAACAAGUUGAUUGCCUAUCACCCUGAAAGUAGAGAGGGUUUGCUCUAUUCAUUUGACAAUUGUUUUGAUUCAGAAACAACAAACAACACAAUCUUUGAGAGUGUUUGUGUACCAGUAUUGAAUGCCGUGAUUGAGGGUUAUAAUGGAACUAUUAUUUCCUAUGGAUCUUCUCGAACAGGAAAAACUGAAAUGAUGAUUGGAAAUGAAAGAGAGGAAGGAAUUGUUGAUUUGACAUUCAGAGAAGGCUAUUCCUAUCUCUCUUCAGUUUCUGACAAGGUGGAUUAUAGUAUUUCUUUUUCUUUCUGGGAAAUGAGUAAUGAUUCGAUUUUGGAUUUACUUGAUUUGAAUGAGGGGAAAGAGCUCAAAUUAAAAAGAAGUGGAAAGGAAGGGGUAUUUAUCACAAAUCUAUCUGAACAUCAAGUUGACAGUUGGGAGCAUCUUCAAUCACUAAUUGAUAAUGGUAUAAGAAGAAGCCAACAAUUGACUGCUCAAAGAAAAAUUAGGUUGCACUCCUUUAUGAGAUUAAGGCUCACAAGAAACAAUUACGAUCACCCAGAAGAGGAUGUCUCAUCUUCUUUUAUGUUUGUAAACUUGAAGGGUACCGAAAGAAUUGGUAAAAUUGGAGCAAAGGGAGAUCAUAUGAAGGAAGGAGCAAGUUUAAACAUGAGUAUGAUUGCUUUCGGUAACGCAAUUCACAAUGUAGUCAACCACACACGAGUUAAAAAGGAUACAGCUAUCAAUAUUAACAGUUUAUUUGGAGACUCUCAAGUAACUGCCAUGAUGAGCGAUUCUCUUGGUGGAAAGAGUGCCACAGUAAUUAUUGGAUCUAUUUCUCAAACGGAAUUCCACUAUCUUGAAACAAUGGAAGUUUUGGAAAAUCUCAGAAUUGCAAGACACAUCCUCUCAAAACCUGUAAAACAAGUCUUGAACUCUAAAAUCAAAAAGCUCUAUAAUAAGAUUAAAAAACUCGAAACAAGCAUUCCAGAAGAUAAACUAGCCCCUGGCCAUCCCCCAACUGAACAGCAAGAGGAAUUGGAAUACUACAAGAGAUUAUACAGGAAAUACCUUGAUGGAUUGGUAGAUGACGAAGAUUUGGACAAACCAAUGGAAACAAAUCCUUCUCUUCAAGAUAUUCCUGAAUUGGAAUUAUCAAAAACGGAUCAAUUAUGGAAACAAAAUGAUGCCAAGAGUCAGAGACAUGGUAUUCGUGCCACAGUUUAUAAACCCUCAUCACUUCAAGGGAAACCAAAGGAAACUUACAAAGGACAAUGGAAAGGUCAUCAAAAACAUGGCUACGGAGAGGUUGAUAAUGAAAAGGUAAAUUAUAAAGGUGGUUGGGCAAAUGAUAAAAAGCAUGGUAAGGGAUCCCUAUAUUCAAAGGAAAAAAACAGAAGAGUAUUUCUGGGAGAAUUCCAAAACGAUAAGAAGCAUGGAAAGGGUGUAUUUUAUUAUGAAAAUGGAGAAAUUUAUGACGGUGAAUGGAAGGACGACAAAAGGUGUGGCUAUGGAGUCAUGUACUAUCUUGAUGGAACGAAAUAUGAAGGAGAAUGGGAAAAUGAUAUGAGAGGAGGUAAUGGAGCCUGUGUGGAAAAGAAUGGAGAUAGAUUCGAAGGUUCCUUCCUGAAUGGAUUGAAGCAUGGUCCAGGAGUGUAUUACUAUAUCACACAAGGUCAAAAGUAUGUUGGGGAAUGGUUUAAAGGUGUUGCAAAGUGUGGUCAACUAUAUUCAGAUAUUGAUUAUACAGAAGAAGGAAUGGACAGUUUUGAGAGCUCAACAAAAAUUCCAGAAAAUCAACUGCAAGAUAGAAUGAAAGUUAUUGAAGAUGCAGUCACAUCUGUUCGUAUUCAAAUGCAACAAGAACAUUUACUCCCUUCUGCAAUAAGAGAAAAUAUUUACGAGUGA